GAGGAGGUCCGGGCGAGGAGAGGAGAGGCGGGGCAGGGACAGGAGUGGAGGGGAGGGGCGGGGCGGGGACUCCGCUCCCACUGAGGAUGUGGCAGAGGAUAAAAACCCCACCCAAGCGGUCCUGGCUCUGCCCGAAGCCCUACUAGCUCACUGCUGUCCCAGAGCUUGGCGCAGCUUCUUUCAAGAUGUCUACAGUUCACGAAAUUCUAUGCAAGCUCAAUUUGGAGGGUGAUCAUUCCACACCUCCAAGUGCAUAUGGCUCCGUCAAGGCUUAUAACAACUUUGAUGCUGAGAGGGAUGCUUUAAACAUUGAGGCAGCCAUCAAGACCAAAGGGGUGGAUGAAGUUACUAUUGUCAACAUUCUGACAAAUCGCAGCAAUGAACAAAGGCAGGACAUUGCCUUUGCUUAUCAGAGAAGGACCAAAAAGGAACUUACAUCCGCACUGAAAUCUGCCUUAUCUGGCCACCUGGAAGCAGUGAUUUUGGGCCUUUUGAAGACACCAGCUCAGUAUGAUGCUUCGGAGCUGAAAGCCUCCAUGAAGGGCCUGGGUACCGAUGAAGAUUCCCUCAUUGAGAUCAUCUGCUCACGGACAAACCAGGAGCUCUAUGAAAUUAAUAAAGUCUACAGAGAAAUGUACAAGACAGAGUUGGAGAAGGACAUUAUUUCGGACACAUCUGGUGACUUCCGCAAAUUGAUGGUUGCCCUGGCAAAGGGCAGAAGGGCAGAGGAUGGGUCUGUGAUUGAUUAUGAGCUAAUUGACCAAGAUGCUCGGGACCUCUAUGAUGCAGGAGUGAAGAGGAAGGGAACUGAUGUCCCUAAAUGGAUCAGCAUUAUGACUGAGAGGAGUGUGUGCCACCUGCAGAAAGUAUUUGAAAGAUACAAGAGCUACAGCCCUUAUGACAUGUUGGAGAGUAUCAGGAAGGAGGUCAAAGGAGACCUUGAAAAUGCCUUCCUCAAUCUGGUUCAGUGCAUUCAGAACAAGCCCCUGUAUUUUGCUGACCGUCUUUAUGAUUCCAUGAAGGGCAAAGGGACCCGCGACAAGGUCCUGAUCAGGAUCAUGGUCUCCCGUAGUGAGGUGGACAUGUUGAAAAUUAGAUCUGAAUUCAAGAGGAAGUAUGGAAAGUCUCUGUAUUAUUUCAUCCAGCAAGACACAAAAGGAGACUACCAGAAAGCGCUUUUGUACCUGUGUGGAGGAGACGACUAAAACCCAUGUGGAAAAACAUAACCAAAGCAGUUGUAAUACCCAGAAACAUUGCUUUCUGCCCCUCCCCCUUGUAAUGUUAGAAAAUCAACUUGUGGUAACUUGCAACUAACAGUAACUCAUAUUAGUCCCUACUAGGGUGAUGUUAUUUGCUUUCUUGUCCUUUUCUAGUCAUGUAUGCAUUGCUUGGCUUUCCUCAAGUUUUCUCCUAGUCAAAGGAAUAAACAUUCCAAGGGAAUGGAAGUGAAAUCUCUGAUGUGAAACACUUGGCCUUCUUAUGUACUGUGUCGUCAAAAGAUAAAUAAAACUGAAUUUUUACUUUAAAA